GGGACAUGCCCGGACUUGGCUCUGCUGCCCUCUGCUGGCCCGCGGUGUGGGACGCUGUAAGGGAGUGGGACCCUCGCGUCCUCGCAGGUGUUUUGUCUGGCCAUUUUAAAAUUAAGUCAAAAUGCCAAUAAGACCAGAUCUCCAGCAGUUGGAAAAAUGCAUUGAUGAUGCGUUAAGAAAAAAUGAUUUCAAACCUUUGAAAACACUUUUACAAAUUGACAUUUGUGACGAUGUGACGAUUAAAUGCAGCAAACAGUUCUUGCACAAGUUGGAUGACCUUAUAUGCAGGGAACUUAAUAAAAAGGAUAUUCAAACUGUUUCAACUAUUUUGAUUUCUUUUGGAAGAUGUGGCAAAAAUAUCAGUAUAUUGGGGCAAGCCGGACUUCAAACUUUAAUGAAACAAGGACUGGUCCAAAAGAUGGUUGCCUGGUUCGAAAAAUCCAAGGAGAUUAUUCUGAGUCGAGGAAAUUCAAAAGAUGAAGGUGUUAUAAGUAUGAUAGAAGACUUAUUUGAUCUUUUGAUGGUCAUGUAUGACACCAAUGAUGAAGGUAAAAGGCAAGUAGCGGAAAGUUUCGUCCCUCGAAUUUGUGCCCUAAUUAUUGACUCAAGGGUGAAUAUUUGUAUUCAUCAGGAGACUAUAAAAAAAAUGAAUGCUAUGCUUGACAAAAUGCCUCCAGAUGCCAGGAAAAUACUGUCUAACCAAGAAAUGUUAAUUCUCAUGAGUAGUAUGGGAGAGAGGAUUUUAGAUGCUGGAGAUUACGACUUACAAGUAGGUAUCGUAGAAGCUUUAUGCAGGAUGACUACAGAAAAACAAAGACGAGAACUCGCGUGCCAUUGGUUUUCAAUGGAUUUUAUUGCUAAUGCAUUUAAAGGAAUUAAAGACUCCGAAUUUGAAACAGAUUGCAGGAUUUUUCUCAACCUUGUGAAUGGCAUGCUUGGAGACAAGAGAAGGGUCUUUACAUUUCCUUGUUUAUCAGCAUUUCUUGAUGAAUAUGAGCUGCAAAUACCAUCAGAUGAAAAACUUGAGGAAUUUUGGAUAGACUUUAAUCUUGGGAGCCAGACUCUCUCAUUCUACAUUGCUGGAGAUAGUGAUGAUCAUCAGUGGGAAGCAGUCACUGUGCCUGAGGAAAAAGUACAAAUAUACAGCAUUGAAGUGAGAGAAUCAAAGAAACUACUGACAGUAAUUCUGAAAAACACAGUAAAAUUUAGUAAAAGAGAAGGGAAAGAACUGCUUUUGUAUUUUGAUGCGUCAUUAGAAAUCACUAAUGUGACACAAAAAAUUUUUGGCACAAAUAAAUAUAGGGAGUUUACCAGAAAACAGAGCAUUUCAGUUGCCAAAACAUCUGUGCAUGUACUUUUUGAUGCAAGUGGAUCACAGAUUCUGGUGCCAGAAAGCCAAGCCUCACCGCUAGAAGAACUCGUUAAUUUGAAAGAAAAAGCUAACUCUCAAAAGGAAUUUGCUAAACCUCCAAAACAUAUCAAAUACAGUACUCAAGGGGACAGAAAAAGUAGUCAGCUGGAGGUAAUCACUCCCAGCAAAAGGAAAAUGUCUGAAGCAUCAAUGAUUGUUCCUGGCGCAGACAGAUACACCGUGAGAAGUCCAAUACUUCUGACCAACACAUUGACACCACGAAGAAGAAGAAUUAAAUCACCACUGCAAAUGACGAGCUCUGCAGAAAAACCUGGGGUUUCUAAAACAUCGGAAAAUGAAGUGGAUAACGCUGCAUCACUUAAAUCUGGACCAUCUCAAGGAAGAAAUCGAGGAGAUGAUACAGACAAACAUACCGAAACUGCUAAAGUCGCAGAAAAGACAGAAAAUAAGGACACUGACUUCCCAAACCAAAAUUUUAAUGAACUCCAAGAUAUUCCUGACUUGCAGGCAGUGGGAAAAAUUGAUAAACCUGCGUUACCCGGUGUUCUAGACAACACCUGUGGAAACAAAAUGCAGUCUAAAUGGGCGUGUUGGACGCCUGUAACAAAUAUCAAGCUGUGUCAUAACCAAAGAGCAAGCGCUUCGUCAGGGGACACAUUUAAUCAAGAUAUUGUUAUCAACAAAAAACUUACUAAACAGAAAUCAUCCUCUUCAAUAUCUGAUGAUAAUUCUGAAGAAGCAAGAAAGGUGGAAUUCAAGAAAGAAAUAAUGCAGCAUAACAAAAUAGGUAGAGCAGAAGUAGAGGUUUGCAAAAGAAACAAUCAGCCACUAAAUUACCAACACCCGGAGCAGAAUAUCGAAAACACGAAGCAGAGUGACUGGCGCAUUGAAUCUGAAACUACUUUUAAAUCGGUUCUCCUGAAUAAGAGAGUCGAAGAGUCUCUAAUCUAUAGGAAGAAAUACAUACUGUCAAAAGACGUGACUUCUGCUGUUCGUGAUAAAAGCCCUUCUCCUAGAAAAGGUGCAAAGAAUCGUAGAAAAUCAGGGAAGAGAUUAACGUCUGAACUGAAUUCCUGGGAUUCGAAACAAAAAAAAACGAGAGAAAAGUCGAAAGGGAAAGGAUUUACUGAUGCAGCGGCAUCCUUGAUAAACCAGAUUAAUAAGAGAUAUAAACCAAAGGACAAUAUAAAGUCUACAAGAAAAGUAAAGGGAUCUUUGAUUGACGGUGGUUUUUCAAGCAAAUCUGAUCUACAGCUCAAUCAGGAAAAAGUUCAGAAAAAAAGUUAUAGACAACUGAAGACCACUUUUGUUAAUGUUACUUCUGAAUGCCCAUUGGAUGAUGUCUACAAUUUUAACUUGAAUGGUGCUGAUGAGCCUAUUAUAAAACUUGGAAUCCAGGAAUUUCAAACUACAGCUAGAGAAGCCUCCGUGGGUAAUUCAAUAAAACUGGUAGGUUUAAAGACUCGUGAUGAACUUGAAACUUCUCUCAAAACAAAAGAUAAAAGAACUGUUACAGAUCAUAAAAAGAAAAAUCUCUUUAGCGAUACUGACACAGAAUACAGAUUUGAUGACAGCAAGACCGAGAUUAGCUGGCUAAGAGAACCAAAAUCAAAACCACAGCUACUAGACUACAGCAGAAAUAAAACUGCGAAGAAACAGAGAAGUGGGAAAUCAAGACCACCUUUGGAAAGGGGACAACCAAGGUCUAAAAUGACAUCCAAUAAAAACAUUACCAAAAAAGUAGAUGAGACAGUCCCAGAUGGGAGGACCAGACUUCCACGAAGAGCGGCAAACACCAAAAAAAAUUACAAAGAUCUCUCGAAUUCGGAAUCAGAAAGUGAACAAGAAGUUUCACAUUCGUUGAAAGAGAAAUCGCUAGUAAAGGAGGAGAAUAUCCAACCCAGAAGCAAAACCAGGAGGCUGUCGAAGAAAGAGCCGAAUGCCGUCUCCGCCAACCCACAAAAGGAGGCUGCGUCCAAAGAGUGGGACCACUCACCCCUCCCCAAAGACACCAGGCGAGGUCACAGCCUGGACUUAUCACCUGUGUCUUUAGCUGGGAGUUCCUCAUCCAUAGAAGUCAUGAGAUGUGUAGAGAAAAUAACAGAAGGGGAUUUCACUCAGGAUUAUGACUGCGUAACAAAAUCCAUAUCACCUUAUCCAAAAACCUCAUCACCCGAAUCCUGGAACAGUAAAUAUGAAGCUGGAGGUCCGAGAGAGUCAACCAAAAACAGUGAGAAAAAUUUACCAUGUGCAGGAGAAAGUUUCUCACGAAUUCCACAGUCGUUGGUUUUGGAAAGUCGUUCAGCAUCCCCACUGUCCAUGUCCAGUGAAGGACGAGAGAAAGUAUGGCAUGGCGUGCCCCGGGACUCCGCUCACAUAUCAGGCCCUACGCACCAUCUGAAUCGCAAACGGAUGUACAUGGAAGAUAACGUAAGUAAUUCCUACGAAGUGGAAUUGGAAGAGGAAGAGGACGAGGAUGGGAUAGCAAACUUGCUUGCCCGAAAAAAACAGUCUAAAAUCGAAGGUGCGAAUGAUCGCGCUGACAAAGUGUCUGAAAGUACCUCUCCAUUAUCAACAAAUGACAUUUUUAUUCCUGGAAAGAACCAGGAAACUGAAGUUUCAGGUGUAGACAUGUACGAGCAGCUCAAUACGGAAUUUAAAAGGAAAGUCAGUCUCCGCCAAAAAUUGAUUGAUUAUUUUAAUAAUCACUCUUGGAAAACGGCUCAACACCACCUGAAAGCAAUGAACCAUAAGAUUCAUGAAUACAGGCUCAAAAAACUCGAUAAAUUCCAAGACAGCAUCAUAGAGGAACUGGAGAAAUUGGAGAGAGAUUCACAGUCUUUAAAAGAGUUGGAGAAGGAAUUUGCGGACUUUUGGGAAAAGCUAUUUCAGAAGUUCAUCGCUUAUCAAAAAAAUGAACAGGAAAGGCUUCGCGUCUUGAAAGCUUCAUUGGACAAAAAUGUCUUCUACAGCCCUGAUCGUGAAGAAAAUAUUUGUACAUCUGAGAUGUGUUUCAUGAAGGAAAAGAUGAACGUGCUGCAAGCCAGGCUCCUCAAAGAGAUGCAAGAAGAGGAGCUGCUUACUGUGCGCAGAGGCCUGCUGUCACUCUUCAUGGCUCACGAAGCAAAUGUGAACAUGUGAAUCUAGUUACGAAGUUUUAUCCGAUCCCUCUACAGCUGAGAAAGUCCCUUUGACCUCAGGGACGCGACGCUGAGCCCCAAAACGUC